AUAUACACUUAAAACAAUAUUCCAACAAUCAUUAUUCAUCAAAGGAAACAAAAGAGGAAGUAUUCACAUUACAAAGAGAAGAAAAAGAAGACAAAAUGGCAGGAAAUAAGAGUUUGAUAAGGUUUAAGAGGUUCAUAGUGAAGCUAAGGUUGUGCAUGAAAGUCUUACAAGUACAACCAAUUCGGACGAUUCCGAGCAACGAAGAAUUGGUGGAGAUUCUAGGAAGGAGGCCGCCGGCAUUGGUGCCGAAAGGGCAUUUUGCGGUGUUAGCAGGGAAGGGUGGCGGCGAGGCGGAGGAAUUGAGGCGGUUUGUGGUGCAGUUGAAGUAUCUAAGAAACCCUGCAUUAUUGAACUUGCUAAAGAAGGCAGAAGAAGAAUAUGGUUUUCAACAGGAAGGAGCAUUGGUUGUGCCUUGUAAGCCUGAAGAGUUGCAGAAGAUAUUGGAGGAUGACUUCUGAGACAACAAAUUUCGGAGAUCAAUAUCAUUAGUUAGCUAGGUUGUCCAAAUAUACACUAACUUCUUUUGGAUAUCAAUUGUCAAACACAUAUGAAUUUUUUCUUUUUAAAAAAUAUUUCAUGGAGAGUUUUGUAUUCUUUGUAGGUGAACCCAUCUAAAGCAUGAAGCAUUAUAUUUUAGAUUUGCAUACUGCUAUCUUGGGAUUAAAUACACAGAUGUUUGUUCUAAUUAAAUUAUUGUAUUAUAUAUAUAAUAGUCCUUAGUGUA